CGAGACUCGUCAAGUUUGCCAAACCAACCGCCCUAGGGGUCUAGGAGGAAAAAAACAAAAACAAAAGUUUCCGGCGAAAAACCUCUCCCUUCUCCCUCUCACUUUUUUCUCAACAACAAUGGCUACCUCAUCGUCAAAAACCAGACCGAGCGGUCCAGUCCUGCGCUCUCUCUCGCCCCCCGCCAGGCUUUACUAUCCCACUGCUCCAAACUCUUCUUUUUCUUCGUCCUCUUCAGUCUUCGCUUCCUACACAAGCUCCAGUUUCUCUUCACCGUCAACAACUUUCUUCCACAAUGACCUUCACCGACAUCACUACAACAACAACAACAACCACCACCAUCACCAGAGAUCUGCCUCUCCCACACGCGUCAACGUCUACACCUCGGGUUCCCUCUCUCCCUCCGUCCGCUUCUCCAUCGACCACCGCUCAAUCUCCCCAAACCGUAGCCAGGUCAUCACGAGCCACCAUGGCCACAUGUCGAUCCCCAAAAAGACGUGUACGUGCGCGCCGACGACUCAUCCGGGUUCGUUUCGCUGUCAUCUACACAAAAAAGCGUCAAACAGUCGCGGGAGCCAUCAUGCGGCGCCGUAUCCGAACAAUGGGCUGAACAUGCGAAGAUCGGCAAUGAAGAACUCGCUGGUUAGGAUCGGAGGCGUAGAGGGAGAGUGGGUCAAGAGAGCAUUGACCGCUCUGAUCAGGCCCUCGUCUCAUCAGCUAAGGAGAAGAGCCGCAUUCGAGCCCACGCCGAGCCGGCUCUCGAUCAUGUCCAGGGCUGAGGAUCUGUGAGUUUCUUUCUGUUGUGCACAGGUUGGUUCAUGCUUUUCCGGUCAUCUUUGAGUUUUCGAGUCCUAGAUUCCGGCGAGAAAGUCGGAAUCCGACGGAGGAGUUUGUCAACGUAGUCGUCAGCGGCGAGUUUGAAUGCCAAAGUACGGCGCAGUAAUGAGGAAUCCGGAUCAAAUCUUGUGCGGCACUUAUAGAAAUGGAACCGAGCGGUCCGAGCCAACUCUUGCAAAACGGAAGUCGGGGCGCCCCGAAACCGUAGUUGUUCUUUUUGGAGCGGUAGCGAAGAGAAAAUUUCUUUUGUACAUAUCAUUUGCUGUGGGAGGAGAGUUUUUGGACAUCAUAUAUUUUCUCCAACAAAUUAGUAAAAUUAUAACAAUCGUAAUUAAUUAGUAUCAA